CGCCCCGACACCUGCCCUUCGUCCUCCGACAGACCGACCUCCCUCUUCUGUUUACAUGGUGAAGGUCCCGGAGCUGAUGGAGACCCCGCUCCUCUCACGCUGAACUGACGUCCGUGACCAGGUUCACAGCUGCGGGACACCAUGGAGAAGUUGACCGUCCUCCUGCUGCUCUUCUCGGCAUCCUGCUCACCCAGCCUCGCCGCCAUCGACGCUUCAAGUGAGUUUGUGUCCUUGGCGGAGAUGGAGGACGCUCUGUUGAAGAAUCUCUUCCAAGGAUACCAGCGCUGGGUCCGACCCAUCCAACGUGCCAAUGAUACAAUCAGGGUGCGCUUUGGACUGAAAAUAUCCCAGCUGGUGGACGUGGAUGAGAAGAAUCAGCUGAUGACGACAAACGUUUGGCUUCGUCAGGAGUGGAUUGACAACAAGCUAAAGUGGAAUCCAGAAAAAUAUGGAGGAAUCACUUCAAUCCGAGUUCCAUCUGAAAAUAUUUGGUUGCCAGACAUUGUCCUCUAUGAGAACGCUGACGGCAGAUUUGAAGGCUCCAUCAUGACCAAAGCCAUUGUCAAGUACAAUGGCGCCAUCACCUGGACGCCGCCUGCCAGUUACAAAUCCGCUUGCACCAUGGACGUGACUUUCUUCCCUUUCGAUCGCCAGAACUGCUCUAUGAAGUUCGGAUCUUGGACCUAUGACGGCCACAUGGUGGACCUGGUUCUGAUGGACAACCAGGUGGACCGCAAGGACUUCUUUGAUAACGGGGAGUGGGAGAUCCUCAGCGCCACCGGCGCCAAGGGCAACCGUAAAGACGGAUUGUACUCAUACCCGUUUAUCACGUAUUCUUUUAUAUUGAAGAGGCUGCCGCUGUUCUACACUCUCUUCCUUAUCAUCCCGUGUUUGGGUCUGUCCUUCCUGACGGUCCUGGUCUUCUACCUUCCAUCAGAUGAAGGGGAAAAGCUUUCACUGUCCACUUCCGUUCUGGUGUCGCUCACUGUGUUCCUCUUGGUCAUUGAAGAGAUCAUCCCCUCUUCCUCGAAAGUCAUUCCACUUAUUGGAGAGUACCUGCUCUUCAUUAUGAUAUUCGUCACUCUGUCCAUCAUCGUCACUGUCUUUGUCAUCAACGUCCACCACCGCUCCUCAGCCACGUACCACCCCAUGUCACCGUGGGUGAGAAAUCUCUUCCUGCAGAGGCUGCCUAAGAUGCUGUGUAUGAGGGGUCACACCGACCGCUACCACUAUCCGGAGCUCGCUCCGGACAGUCCCGAGAUAAAGUCACGCUCUGGAGCUCGACGAGGUCAGAGAGGAAACGCUGGACAGACCGACGGCAAAGAGGACGAAGCUUGGGCCACCAUGCUGGAGAAGGCCAUCUAUUCAGUGAGAUACAUCAGCAGACAUAUUCGCAAGGAGCACUUCAUCAGAGAGGUGGUGCAGGAUUGGAAGUUUGUGGCUCAGGUGCUGGACAGGAUCUUCUUGUGGGCCUUCCUCACCGUGUCAAUACUGGGGACGAUCCUCAUCUUCACCCCUGCCAUACACAUGUUCCUCAAAGUCGCUCCUCCAACUCCAAGCGAGGAGCCGGCUUCCGGCCCACAACUUUCACAGGCUGGUAACUUGUGAUCCACAUUCACUGCAGAUGUAGCUGACAAACCACCAUCUGACACCAAUGAUGUGGCCCAAGAACAAGGAUCCAAAGAUUUUCCCUUUCCCUGGGUUUAAGUUUGGUUAAGUGACCUCGCUAGGAUGAGUGAGAGGUUGUGGAAAAGUCAAUGAAAUGUCCCCACAAAGAUAGCAGUACAGUGUGAGUGUGUGCUACAAAACUCGGGUUGAUAUUUUAAUGGGACUAAGCACUCCAUGAUUGUGUUCAAAAUCCAGUCUUAGAUAUCCACGUAAAUAUAAGAUUAUGAUAUGUAAAUUUAAAUUUCAAGCAAACACUCUGUAAGUUUAUGAGAUUUAAAAUCAAUAAAGAACUAAAUCCACCAACAAGCAUUUAUUUAUCAUUCAAAAAAGAAAGUAACCUAAUAGUUUUCACUAAAACAGGCACACCAUCGUCACUUGGCUGUAAAAGCACUUCAAAUUAUCGGCCACAAUUUCAUUUUCCAUGUUGAAUAAUGGAACACUUACGAGUAAAAACAAGAAACUCAUUAUGAUUUAAUGCAUUUAUUGAAAGUAUAAGGCAAAAAAGACCAGUUCAUAUAAAGUCGCUCAGUAAAAGAACUCUAUUUUGCAAGAAAGAGAAAAUAAUUGUCGAAGAUAGAUGGUGAUGGGUCGAUGAGGUUUCAUGAAGCGGUGUCCAAGAGAGGCCACUAGGUGGCGCUGUCUGCCAUAUGAUCUUUGGUUUAUGAAACCUUGUUUGAAACAACUGUUUCAAGGAACCUCAUCAACCCGUCACUUGUGUACGGCCUUCAGCUUUUGAUUUCUAUACUCAGAAAUGAAUGGCAUUGAUCGAUAGUUGAUUUUAUUCACGCCCCCCAGUGUGGCUGUCCAGGUGAGCUCGGGCCUGGCGAAGCAUCUCCAUGUACAUCCUGUUGUUCUCGCUGCAAAACAAAAAGAAACAUUCAUAGUCUGAAUCACUAUGGUUAAACAAUACGGUCAGUUUUGUUUCUCCCUCGGUCACACUUUUUGCUGUUGGUGAAGUCUGCAAUGGUCAGUAGCACUCAAGAGAAGUGACACUCUCUCACUGUUUGCUUUCUUCUAGGAUGAGUCAGGUCGAUAUCCACCAAUAUAUCCACCAUAAUGUAAUGGUUUAGUCAUGUCAUAAAUAAUCAUAUUAGGUUUCUUUUUGGAAUAUUGCCUUCUAUUCAAACACCUAUGUCAGACACACUCCAAUGUUGAUGCAAAUGAUGUUUUGAAAAAUAUAAAUGAAUCAGUAAAAUUAUUUAAAAGGCAUUUUGUGUUGCAUUUCCUGUGGUAUUGAAUA